UGAAAGAAGAAAUGACCAUGUAGAUGCCAACUGCCUGGGUACAGCAUAAUGGGAAAGAGUGAAUGGAGUGGAACUGGUCUGCAGUCUUGAAAACAACCAUCUUGUGGACUAUCACCUGCACGUUGAACAGAGCAAUAUUAUCAGCAGCAAUGGGUGACAUGACAAACAGCGAUUUUUAUUCGAAGAACCAAAGAAAUGAGGCCAACCAUGCAGGAGAAUUUGGGUGUACGCUUCAGGACCUGCGUUCUCUUAUGGAACUUCGAGGAAUGGAAGCAGUGGUAAAAAUUAAAGAUACGUAUGGGGACACAGAGGGCCUGUGUAGACACUUGAAGACUUCGCCAGUAGAAGGAUUACCUGGCACUACUGCUGACCUAGAUAAAAGAAGGCUAAUUUUUGGGAAAAACUUUAUACCUCCAAAGAAGCCAAAAACUUUCAUACAGUUAGUCUGGGAAGCAUUGCAGGAUGUGACUCUCAUCAUCUUGGAAAUCGCAGCCAUUAUAUCUCUGGGGCUCUCAUUUUAUCAUCCACCUGGAGAAGGAAAUGAAGCGUGUGCUACUGCCACAGGAGGAGCUGAAGAUGAAGGUGAAGCAGAAGCUGGUUGGAUCGAAGGGGCUGCCAUUCUGCUCUCUGUUAUAUGUGUGGUGCUGGUUACAGCCUUUAAUGACUGGAGCAAAGAGAAGCAGUUCCGUGGACUUCAGAGUCGUAUUGAACAAGAACAAAAGUUUACUGUCAUCCGAGGUGGACAAGUAAUUCAAAUCCCAGUAGCAGAGAUUGUAGUUGGUGACAUUGCACAAGUCAAAUACGGUGACCUACUACCUGCUGAUGGAGUGUUUAUUCAAGGAAACGAUCUUAAGAUUGAUGAAAGCUCUUUAACUGGAGAGUCAGAUCAAGUCCGCAAAUCUGUUGACAAAGAUCCAAUGCUGCUUUCAGGUACCCAUGUCAUGGAAGGCUCAGGAAGAAUGCUUGUUACUGCAGUGGGAGUUAAUUCUCAAACAGGCAUCAUCUUUACUCUACUAGGUGCUGGGGGAGAGGAAGAGGAGAAAAAAGAUAAAAAAGUAGAUUCUUCCCAUUCCUCCUUCCAUCCUCCUUCAACUACAGAUGGGGCAGCAAGUGCAAUUGCCACUGAUAAUGCAAAUACCAGCUUAGUCAAUGGCAAAAUGCAGGAUGGAAAUAUGGAAAACAGCCAGAAUAAAGCCAAACAGCAGGAUGGGGCAGCUGCAAUGGAGAUGCAGCCACUCAAGAGUGCCGAAGGUGGAGAGGGAGAUGAUAAAGAUAAGAGGAAAUCCAACAUGCCCAAGAAGGAAAAAUCUGUCCUCCAAGGGAAGCUAACUAAAUUGGCUGUCCAAAUAGGCAAAGCAGGUUUGGUAAUGUCAGCAAUCACUGUCAUCAUUUUGGUACUAUACUUUACUAUUGAAAACUUUGUUGUCAACAAGAAGCCAUGGCUGCCUGAAUGCACACCCAUAUAUGUUCAGUAUUUUGUCAAGUUCUUCAUUAUUGGUGUGACUGUGCUUGUAGUUGCUGUCCCAGAAGGACUUCCACUUGCAGUUACCAUCUCCCUUGCUUAUUCUGUAAAAAAAAUGAUGAAAGAUAACAAUCUGGUCCGUCAUUUAGAUGCAUGUGAGACUAUGGGAAAUGCUACAGCCAUCUGCUCUGAUAAAACAGGGACUUUAACAACCAACCGAAUGACAGUAGUGCAAGCCUAUGUUGGAGAUGUCCAUUACAAAGAGAUCCCUGACCCAAAUUCUGUUCCAGCCAAAACUCUGGAUUUGCUGGUUAAUGCAAUUGCCAUCAACAGUGCUUAUACUACAAAGAUUCUGCCACCCGAAAAGGAAGGUGGUCUACCUCGUCAGGUUGGCAACAAGACAGAAUGCGGAUUGCUUGGAUUUGUACUGGACCUAAAGCAGGAUUAUCAGCUCAUUCGGAACCAAAUGCCUGAAGAGAAACUCUACAAAGUUUACACAUUUAACUCUGUGAGAAAGUCAAUGAGCACUGUCAUUAAAAUGCCAGAUGACAGCUUCCGAAUGUAUAGCAAAGGGGCUUCUGAAAUUGUCCUAAAGAAAUGUUCUAAGAUUCUUAAUGCUGCAGGUGAGCCUCGCAUUUUCAGGCCUCGUGAUCGGGAUGAGAUGGUUAAGAAAGUGAUUGAGCCCAUGGCCUGUGAUGGAUUGAGAACCAUCUGUGUUGCUUUUCGAGAGUUUCCCAGCAACCCUGAACCGGAUUGGGACAUUGAAAAUGAUAUUUUAACUGACCUUACCUGCAUUUGUGUGGUUGGCAUAGAAGAUCCUGUAAGACCAGAGGUCCCCGAAGCCAUAAGAAAGUGCCAGCGAGCUGGAAUUACAGUCCGCAUGGUUACGGGAGAUAAUAUCAAUACAGCUCGUGCCAUUGCCAUCAAAUGUGGGAUUAUUCACCCCGGCGAAGACUUCCUCUGCAUUGAAGGAAAGGAUUUUAAUCGAAGGAUUCGAAAUGAGAAGGGAGAUAUAGAGCAGGAACGCAUUGAUAAGAUAUGGCCAAAACUUCGUGUCCUUGCUCGUUCAUCACCCACAGAUAAGCACACCUUGGUAAAAGGUAUCAUUGACAGCACGCAAGUGGAACAGAGGCAGGUUGUAGCAGUGACUGGUGAUGGAACUAAUGAUGGACCAGCUCUUAAAAAAGCUGAUGUUGGCUUUGCAAUGGGUAUUGCAGGAACAGAUGUGGCAAAGGAAGCCUCUGAUAUUAUUCUCACAGAUGACAACUUCAGUAGUAUUGUGAAAGCUGUAAUGUGGGGCCGUAACGUUUAUGACAGCAUCUCUAAGUUCCUGCAGUUCCAGCUCACUGUAAAUGUGGUGGCUGUGAUCGUGGCUUUCACUGGUGCUUGUAUUACCCAGGAUUCUCCUCUGAAAGCUGUACAGAUGCUGUGGGUCAAUUUGAUUAUGGACACUUUUGCUUCUCUUGCUCUGGCUACGGAACCUCCCACAGAAUCCCUACUGCUAAGAAAACCGUAUGGUAGAAACAAACCCCUUAUUUCUCGUACCAUGAUGAAAAAUAUUCUGGGCCAUGCUGUGUAUCAACUCACUCUAAUUUUUACCCUCCUCUUUGUUGGUGAAAAAAUGUUCAAAAUCGAUAGUGGCAGAAAUGCACCACUCCAUUCUCCACCUUCUGAGCACUACACCAUCAUCUUCAAUACUUUUGUCAUGAUGCAACUGUUUAAUGAAAUCAAUGCACGCAAAAUCCAUGGUGAAAGGAAUGUAUUUGAUGGCAUCUUUAGAAACCCUAUAUUUUGCACUAUUGUACUGGGUACAUUUGCUGUACAGAUAGUAAUUGUACAAUUUGGUGGAAAACCUUUUAGUUGUUCUCCUUUGGAACUUGACCAAUGGAUGUGGUGUGUAUUUAUUGGAUUAGGUGAACUUGUAUGGGGGCAGCUCAUUGCAACCAUCCCAACCAGUAGAUUAAAAUUUCUAAAAGAAGCAGGAGGGCUUACAUUAAAAGAAGAAGUGCCCGAAGAGGAGAUGAGUGAAGACGUAGACGAGAUUGAUCAUGCAGAGAGGGAACUUCGGCGGGGACAAAUCCUCUGGUUCAGAGGGCUUAAUAGAAUCCAAACUCAGAUCGAAGUAGUCAAUACUUUCAAGAGUGGCACUUCCUUUCAGGGAGCUCUCAGGAGACAAUCCUCCGUCACAAGCCAGAACCAGGAUAUCCGCGUCGUGAAGGCAUUCCGUAGCUCUCUCUAUGAAGGUUUGGAAAAACCGGAAUCUAGAAUCUCCAUUCACAACUUUAUGACUCAUCCUGAAUUUAGGAUAGAAGAUUCCCAGCCCCAUAUUCCUCUCAUUGAUGACACAGAACUAGAAGAAGACUCUGCCCUCAAGCAAAACCCGAGUCCCCCAUCUUCCCUGAACAAGAACAAUAGUGCUAUUGACAGUGGGAUAAACCUUACAACUGACACAAGCAAAUCAGCUACCUCUUCUAGCCCAGGAAGCCCAAUCCAUAGCCUGGAAACAUCACUUUAGCUGAAAAAGUCACUGCAAAAAUAUUAAUAUAAAUAAUAAUAAUAUAUGACAGAGACAAAUAAGAAUACUGUAAACAAUGCUGGCUGAGAAACUGUUUGAAUUCCUGAUCACUUUGAAGAAACAGAUAAAUGAAUGCAUCAUAAUCACAGUGAUUUUUGGAAGAAUGAAUGGCUGAUUGACACGUUCCCCCUUUUGUCUCCUGCAGAAACAAACAAAAACAAUACAAAUGCUAUCCUGCAUGAAUGUACUGCCCACUCCCACCCCCCACCUCCUUUUUAAUUCCUUGAAAAGAAAAAGGAGAAGACUUAUUUGAAGCUAUUUAUCCAAUUCACCAGUUUGUGAGUUUUUUAAAUGCUUGUGCGGCAUGGACUCAGUUGUAUAGAUUAAUUUAAAUAUUUUUUUUAAAUUGCAAAGCUUAACUUGCACAGUAGAUUUGCACCGGUUGGCCAGAGGAACCUAAAAUGA